GAUUCUCAAUGAGCUAUUUAAUGAUUCGAGAUUCAUUUUUCUUCAACCGAAUCUUGCAUUAUGGAUUGAAUUGUCUUGACUUGAUUUUCUUAGCAACUACACUAAUGGCAGAGGAAAUUAGAAUUCAACAAAAGAACUUCAGAUACUGCCCCUCGGACAGGACGAUGAUACUGAUACAUAAUAAAUUGGAAUGAAGUUGCAUUUGCCCUUCUCAGAAGGACGAUGAUACUGAUACAUAAUAAAUUGGAAUGAAGUUGCAAUUAACAACUUUGGUUAUGAAUAUUUUACUUAUGUGGAUGUUAAUGGAGAUAGAUAGUUUAGGGAGCAUAACUUUGGUGUAGGCUGUUGCAUCAUUAAUGGCACAUGUAAUCAAUUAUUUCUGUGUUUUAAUAUAAAGUUUGCAUAUAUAUGUACAUAUAUGUAUAUAACUUCAUACAAAUAUAAUUCAACAAGCUUGACAAGCUCCAGGUAUCUUUUGGGAAAAAGAAAAGAAAAAAAAACAACUUCUGUAGGGCCAUAUCAUAUUCCAAAGACUACUAUAUUAUAAAUUCAAGAAAUUGAGGCAGAUUACCUUGAAAUCAGCCCCUGAUGAACUUUGGAUCAACCAAGAAAUAACUAAACAUGUCAAAAAGAAAUUAUAAUGCACUAAUCACAAUAAGUGACUUGCAAUCCAAAGAUCGAAAAUGAAUAUUCAAUGACCCAUCAUAAAUGCUUUGCCACUUUUUUUAUAGUACUCUUCUUUUUCCUCACUUAAUUUCAAACCGUUGAACAUUAAGUUCAAUGUCAAUUUCCUAUUUAAUUCUGUGUUCUUUUUUCCCGCCGGACCCAUGUGGCCCUUAGCCCAUUUCUCAUUAAAACUUUCAUCUUUUUCUUCUUUUUUUUGGUUCCUCCACUGCUUCUGAUUUCUGGCUACUCCUCCAUUCUCACUUCCUUCGCCCACUUCUCUCGCUCUCUCCCUUUUCAUGUCCACAGCUGAUCCUCCAAUAUCGGCCGCUGGUGUCGGCCUCGGUUACGGUAUUGCCAUAGCUGUUAGCAUCCUUGUUCUCAUUUCUACUAUAAUGCUUGCUUCUUAUGCUUGUAUAAGAGUUAAAGGUGGUGGUGGCAACCACACUCGUAGAAGUAAUGCUAGUAGCAGCAGCAGCAGCAGUAGUGAUGGUGGUAGUAGCAACAUUUACAGGCUUAGCCACUCUUUCGCGGCCACCGGAGACUCAACAGGGCCCAUGAUAAUGGUGGGCCUUGACGAGCCUGUGAUUAAAUCAUACCCAAAAAUAGUAUUAGGGGAAAGCCAGCGAUUGCCCAAGCCCAACAACGGCCCAUGUUCGAUUUGCCUAUGUGAUUACCAAGCUAGAGAUAUAAUAAGAUGUAUUCCAGAUUGUCAUCAUUGUUUCCAUGCUGAAUGUGUUGAUGAAUGGCUUAUGAUGAGUGCCACGUGUCCUCUGUGCAGGAAUUCUCCUGCUCCAUCAGCUGCUUCAACGCCUAUUGCCACUCCUUUAUCAGAGUUGGUGCCAUUCUCCUUCCACCCCAGGUGAUUUUGUAUCAAUUUUAAUGGUUCCACUCCAACUUUUAUUUAUUUUAUUUUAUUUGAUAGACCUUUCAUCUUCUUUUUUUAUUAUAUUUUGAGAGUAGUAAGGUCAAAAAAUUUUGGAAUGGAGAAACUUAGAUUUAGUUGAGAAUUGUAUUCUUAAUGUCAUUAGCCAUAAGCAAGCUUAUGAUGUUUUCAUAAAGGAAAUGUAUUAUGUGGAAUCCACAAUGUAAAAAGAAUUAGUUUUUCCUUCA